GAAGAAACAAAAAAAAGACAAAUAGAGUGGUUUGCUGAUUUCAAUUACACACAGUGGUGAUCUCCCACUAAAACCUCUUUACCGGAGCAUCGAGUCCAAAAUCCUCAACCCAACCCCAACCCAACCCAGGCGGCUCUGAAUCGGUUCGUCUUCCUUGGUUGGGCAGAGAGAUUGUUAUGGCUUCCAACAAAGUUCUCAUGGUCGCCGAGAAGCCCAGCAUAGCUCUUUCAAUAGCCAACGUUCUCUCCCGCGGUCAAAUGUCUACAAGAAAGGCUAGCACGGACGUACAUGAAUUUGAAGGAACAUUUCGUGGAUUCCAUGUACAGUUUAAAGUGACAUCAGUUAUUGGGCAUGUUUUCAGUCUAGAUUUUCCAGAAACAUAUCAAAACUGGACAGUCACUGAUCCUCUGGAUCUUUUUCAAGCUCCAGUUCGCAAGGCAGAAGCAAAUCCAAAGGCUCAUAUUCGCAGGCAUUUAAGCCAAGAAGCUCGGGGUUUUGGUAACUUGGUUUUAUGGCUGGAUUGUGAUCGUGAAGGAGAAAACAUUUGUUUUGAAGUUAUUGAUUGUAUUGGCCACACAAAUGAAACUAAAAGAAAGAUUUAUCGUGCACGAUUUUCUUCUGUUACCGAGAAAGACAUUUUGAAGGCCAUGGACAACCUUGUUGAACCUAACAAAGAUGAGGCAUUGGCUGUAGAUGCUCGACAAGAGAUAGAUUUGAAAGUCGGAGUUGCAUUUACACGAUUUCAAACAAGUUUUUUUCAGGGGAAAUAUGGAAAUCUCGAUGCCAGAGUUAUCUCCUAUGGGCCAUGUCAAACUCCUACCCUUGGUUUUUGUGUACAGCGCUAUUUGCAGAUAAAUACGUUUAAACCUGAAAAAUUCUGGUCUGUACGCCCUUACAUAUUACAAAGUGGCUAUGAACUUCAGCUAGACUGGGAGCGUAACAAAUUGUUUGACGUCGAUGUUGCCGUGAUGUUUCAAAAGUUAGUAAUGGAAGAUGGAAUUGCAGAAGUGACUGAAAUAUCAGAAAAGCAGGAAAGCAAAGGUCGUCCUUCUGGUCUUAACACAGUGAAUCUUCUAAAGAUUGCUUCAAGUGCACUAGGCUUUGGCCCACAAAUGGCUAUGCAAGUUGCUGAACGCUUGUAUACUCAAGGCUUCAUCAGCUAUCCGCGUACUGAGAGCACAGCCUAUCCUUCUUCUUUUGACUUUAGAGGCACACUUGGUGCACAAGUAAAUAACCCGGUAUGGGGUAGUUAUGUACAGAGGCUGCUCACUGACGGUUAUCAAAAACCACGAUCUGGGACAGAUGCAGGUGAUCAUCCUCCUGUUACUCCAUUGAGGUCUGCAACUGAGGAUAUGCUGGGAAAUGAUGCGUGGAGAUUAUACGAGUAUGUCUGUAAACACUUCAUAGGGACUGUAUCUCCUGACUGCAAGUAUGUAAGAACAAAGGCAGAAUUUUCAAUUGGUGGAGAGUUCUUCCAUUGUGUAGGACAACGUGUUUUGGUGAAGGGAUUUACUUCUAUUAUGCCAUGGUUAGCAGUAAAUGAGAAAAAUCUUCCUCAAUUUACAAAAGGCGAGAAAAUAGAAGUUGGCAGAGUGGACCUUCAUGAGGGUAUGACCUCACCUCCAGAAUAUCUAAGUGAGAGUGAGCUAAUUUCGCUUAUGGAGAAGAAUGGAAUCGGCACGGAUGCAUCAAUAUCUGUUCAUAUUAACAACAUAUGUGAGCGCAAUUAUGUGCAGGUACAAGCUGGCAGGAAGUUGGUUCCAACUGCCUUAGGUAUUACUCUAAUAAGAGGCUAUCAAUGUAUUGAUCCAGAUCUGUGUUUGCCAGAUAUCCGCAGUUUUAUUGAGCAGCAGAUUACUCUUGUUGCUAAGGGUCAAGCAGAUCAUUUUUGUGUUGUGCAGCAUGUUCUACAACAGUUCCGACAAAAAUACAGUUAUUUUGUAAAGCAGAUUGAAAACAUGGAUGCAUUAUUUGAAGCUCAAUUCUCUCCACUUGCUGACUCAGGACGAGUUCUCAGUAAAUGUGGCAAAUGUCUACGGUAUAUGAAGCACAUUUCCACUCAACCUUCUCGUCUCUACUGUAAUACAUGCGAAGAGGUUUAUUAUCUUCCUCAGAAUGGUACCAUUAAGCUCUACAAGGAACUUACGUGCCCUCUGGAUAACUUUGAGCUAUUAAUCUGCUCCAUGCCUGGCCCAGAUGGCAAGUCAUUUUCUCUUUGCCCUUACUGCUACAAUAGUCCUCCAUUUGAAGGUAUCGACACUCUCUUUGGAGCUGCAAAAUCUGGUUCAUCUGGCAAGCUGGGAAAGGGGGCUGGCAUGCCAUGCUUCCUUUGCCCACAUCCCACAUGUCGACAUUCAUUGAUAUCCCAAGGAGUCUGUGCUUGCCCUGAAUGUAGUGGAACUCUUGUUCUAGACCCCGUAAGUGCUCCCAAGUGGCGACUAUGUUGCAACAUGUGCAAUUUCCUUGUGCUCCUCCCCCAAGGGGCUCAUCAAAUCUCCACUACUCCAGAGCGGUGUCCUGAGUGUGACUCGACAAUCAUAGAAGUGGACUUUAAUAAAAAGACAACACCCUUGGAAGAUGGGGCGACCCUAUAUACUGGUUGUAUUCUUUGUGAUGAGUUACUCCAUUCACUAGUGGAGAUGAAGUACGGAAAGUCCUUUUUCAGAGGUUCAAGAGGAAGGGGUAGAGGAUCAAGGAGAGGUAGGGGAAGAGGGCGGGGUACUGGGAAAAUGGUGGAUCCUAAAAUGAGCUUCCGUGAUUUUUGAGCCAUAUGUAUGUGAUUAAUUAUUUUUUUGGUCAUCAAUGCCAUUUUUUUUUUUUUUUUUUUUGGAGCUUCUGUAAUGUAACAAUCAUACAACAAGAUAAUUGAAAUCCAUUUAUAUUCGACCUCUAAAUUUAACAUUUGACCUC